GUUAUGUCGGUUUUUUGACAUGUGUAAUUUUUAACAACAAAAUAGGUACCGAUGUAUUACAAUAUACAAAAUACAAAUUGAAAUUUUGGUCGCGUAAAAUUGUAACACGAAACGAAGAAUUUAAAUAUUUUUAAGUAGAAGUUUAAGGACAGGAGCUAUUUUAUACAUUGCGAUUAAUAAGAAAAAACUAAGAAAUGUGUACGAUAAAAUGGGACAUGAUAAAAACGAUCGGCGAUCAAGACGCAGUGGAAGAUGCCUCAUCGGAUUCCGAUGUCGAAGUCGAACACCAACCGAAAAAACACAAGACCAAGGGUGAUUCGUAUUUCGAUGACGAAUUCAAGUUCUUGAACAUGGCUUCAGAGUAUAAUCACGACACGUGGGAUGAUCUACAGAAAUAUAUAAAACGUAAAGGUACCAAUAGGACUGAUGAAAAAAUAGAAAAAUCCCGUAGAUAUGUGAAGUCUUUUCUGCCUGAUGUAACUACUGAAGAGCAUGAAGACUACAACGAACAGUCAGAUUGUGAUUCGUUAUCUGAAGACGAACUCAAAAAAGAUGGUAUCAAAGAUCGACAAAAAAUGGUUGGUAAAAGAAAUAAAAAAAAGAAAGAAAUUGAAGAAAAUAAAAAUGAAAUAACUGUUGAAGAUGAAGAAGAAUUUUUUGAGGAUGCUCCACCAUUUGAAGAAAAUGCUUCUUUUUAUCAAAUGAACAUUUCAAGACCUUUGAUGAAGGCUAUAAGUGCAUUGAACUAUGUUCAUCCGACACCUAUACAAGCAGCUGCAAUUCCAGUGGCUCUCUUAGGAAGAGAUAUUUGUGGUUGUGCUGCUACUGGUACUGGUAAAACAGCGGCUUAUAUGUUACCCAUUCUCGAAAGACUUUUAUACCGGCCCAAAGGUUUUACUCCUAUUACCAGAGUUUUAGUAUUGGUACCAACUCGAGAAUUAGGUGUACAAGUAUAUCAAGUUACUAAACAACUUGCACAGUUUACAUCGGUUGAGGUUGGUCUUUCUGUUGGUGGGUUAGAACUCAAAGUGCAAGAAUCAAUUUUACGUAAAAACCCUGAUGUUGUUAUAGCUACACCUGGUCGUUUGUUAGAUCAUUUACAAAAUACUCCUUCGUUUUCACUAUCAGAUUUGGAAGUUUUAGUAUUGGAUGAAGCUGAUAGAAUGUUGGAUGAAAACUUUGCUGACCAAAUGAAAGAAAUUAUUAACAUGUGUGCUCGAACCAGACAGACAAUGUUGUUUUCAGCUACAAUGACUGAUGCUGUUAAUGAUCUUGCUACUGUUUCUCUGAGCAAACCAGUUAAAAUAUUUGUAGACAGUAAUACAGAUGUUGCUUUUAAUCUAAGACAAGAAUUUGUAAGAUUACGCCAAGGAAAAGAACAAGACCGAGAUGCAACUUUAGCUGCUUUAGUAUGUCGAACAUUUAGGGAUCAUACUAUGAUAUUUGUUAGGACAAAAGCUGACGCACACAGAGUGAAAAUUUUACUUGGACUUUUCGGCCUUAAGGCUGGAGAAUUACAUGGAAAUUUAUCUCAACCUCAAAGAUUAGAAGCAUUACGGCAGUUUAAAGAUGAAGAACUUGAUUUGUUAAUUGCCACAGAUGUUGCUGCUCGUGGAUUGGACAUUCGAGGAGUGAAAGCUGUUAUAAAUUAUACUAUGCCACCAACUGUUGAACAUUAUAUUCAUCGAGUUGGUAGAACAGCUAGAGCAGGACGAUCUGGUGUUUCUGUUUCUAUUGCCAGUGAACAAGACCGUAGAGUACUCAAGGAAGUCAUACGAAAAGCCAAGAAUCCAGUAAAAAAUCGUGUUAUUCCUAUUGAAAUUUUGGAUAAGUACAAAGAGCGUGUAGAUUCGCUUAGAAAUGAGGUUAAAUGUAUAAUGCACGAAGAGUAUGAAGAACGGCAAAUGAGUCGAACAGAAGAAUUUGCUGACAAAACUGAAAAAAUGGCAAAAACAAGUAUUGGUACUCUUAUUAAAAAGAAAGAUGAAAAGAAAAGAGAUUGGUUCCAGACACAAAAAGAGCGAGGAGAAGCUAAAAAAAGAUCAAGAGAAGCUUUUUCAGCCAAAAUAGAGAAAAAUAUUAAAAAAAAAAAGAAAAAUAAAGAAGAAGACGUUAAUGAAGAAGAAGAAAUUGAAAAUCAAAAGAAAAUGCAGAGGGUUGCUAAUUUCCAAGCUAGAAGUGCCAAAAACAAAAUGAAACCUAAGAAAAUGAGUGCUAUGGCAGAUUUUGGUCAAGGUGGCAAAUUUUCUUCAAAGUCUCCUAGUGGUAAGCAAAAGAAAGGAGGUUCUGUGUUUGACUCCCAGUUUACAGAUGUAAGCAAAUCUGGCGUUAAAAAGUACAGAUAUGAGGCAAAUCAAGCUAAAAGGAUGUUGGCUAAAAAGAAAUCUGCUUUAAAUCAAAAAAAUCAAAAAGCAAAAUCUACGUCUUCGAAAAACCCAAAUUCUCAAGGCAGAGGCGGAGGAAAAGGUGGAAGGGGAGGAAAAAGAAGAUGAGCGUAUCAUUAUAAAAACUGACAAUUUAUAUUAUUAUUAUUUACUUUGUAUUUGUUUUAAAAAAGUGCAUACAUUAAUUAUAUUACUUAUUAAAGUAAAUAUUUAUUUUAUUUAAAUGGAGCUAUUGGAAUGAUGGGUGAGUUAAAGUAUAAAUCCUUUAUCACUGUUUAGAAAACCACGAUUUAAAUCCUUAAUCCUCCUGAUCACAUUGUAAUUUUACUCUAUGCUUUCGAUAAAGAAUUAUAAUAUAUUAGUAAUAUAAAAUAUUAUAAGUUAUUUAUAAUGAUAAGCCAUGAGUGCUAUCUAUGAUAUGUGUCUUUUUAUGAACACCUUCCACAGUAAAAUUACGAUACUAAUAUACUGUAAGCAUACAUGCUGAGUCGUAGGAACAAUUUAUUAAUAUAAUGGGCCACUAAUUCAUGUUAAAGGGACAACUAGCAAAUUAGCUCCCUAUUGAUUCGUUGAUUCACGAUUGUUCAUGCAACCCGGCAUAAAUUAUCAAAGUAAGUUCCACCCACCAGCUGCUGUAUUUCAUCUUAUCAGAAUUCGCAACAAUAACAGCUGUUAUCUAAACGAUGAAAUCAUGCUAUAUUGUUAUUACCUUAUUCGUAAUCAGUAAUCAUAAUCGCAAUAAUAAUAUUAAAUAUAAUUAUAAUAAUUGCUAACCUUGGCAGCGCAGUCUGUAGUGGCUACAUAGUGCGCAAAGAUGUUUACCAACAACCUUCCGUAGUCAUUAGUACAUCUAAUUUUUAUACUGAAAAAA